AUGUGGGGCAUUUGGCAAGACGGAAACACCAAGGUUUUUCAGGGAAAGGAACCGCCAGUUGACAUGCUAGUAGCUCGAGUUAUAAGGUGGGCAGAGGAAAGUGCUGAGAUGCAGAAAGCCGCAAGCAGAGCUGUCAAAGCCAAUACCAGACUUGGUGUUGUUGCAAGGGACAGUGCAGGGUCAGUUUUGUUUACAACUACAAAGAGGAUUAAAGCCUGGUGGGUGGUAGAAAUUGCUGAAGCAAAAGCCAUGGUAUGUGCCUUAAGCUUAGGUGCUCGUUUCGGGUACAAUAAGGCAAUCAUCGAGACAGAUUGCCAAACUAUUGUUUCAAGGCUUUCAACGGAGGCCUGCUACAGCACUGAUAUGGACUUAAUACUAGGCGAUGCCAUGGCCUUAUGUUCCUCCUAUGACAGCCUCCGCUGGAGUCAUGUGAAGCGAGAUGGAAACUCCGUAGCACACAACCUUGCGAAGCUUAUCCCCCCUAAUUCUAAGCAAAUAUGGGAAAAUUAUGUCCCUCCAAAUAUAGCCCCUUAUGUACUCAUGGACUAUUUGGUGAAUUAA